UUGUGUUUUGCUCGCCGGAUCGAACUCGAUCGAUCUCCGGUUAUAACCCAUUUUUCCAUUGUUGUUCAAAUGGCAGCUUAUGAGGGAUCUUUCACUUCUGCCCUUCUCUUGUUAUUACUUCUGCUCUUGUCUUCGUUUCGGCCUGCGCCGGGGAGACCGUUGACAGGUUACCCGGCGGUGUUCAACUUCGGCGACUCGAAUUCCGACACCGGUGGAUUGGUUGCCGGCGUUGCUUUCCCGGUCGGCCCACCCAACGGGGAAACGUACUUCCACGAGCCAUCUGGCCGUUUCAGCGACGGCCGACUCAUCGUUGAUUUCCUUAUGGACGCCAUGGAUUUGCCGUUUCUGAGCCCGUACCUGGACUCGGUCGGCGGCCCAAGCUUCAAAACGGGGUCCAACUUCGCCACGGGAGGGGCCACUAUUCUCCCAGCAAAUGCCGCUUCCAGAAAUCCGUUCUCGUUUGGGAUCCAGGUGGCUCAAUUCUCCAGGUUCAAGGCUCGAGUCCUGGAUUUGCUAGCAACAGGUAACAAGAAUCUUCAGAAGUAUCUCCCAAAAGAGGCGUAUUUCCAGGAAGGGCUUUAUACGUUCGACGUCGGCCAAAACGAUCUCUACGUUGCAUUCUUCUCUAAAACAGAGGACCAAGUCAUAGCUUCCAUUCCUACAAUUCUUUCCGAAUUUCAGAACGGAAUCCAGAGAUUAUACAACGCGGGCGCGAGGAACUUCUGGAUCCACAACACGGGCCCAUUGGGCUGCCUGGCCCGAGUCAUAGCGAGCAACAAAAACGAAUCGGACGUCGAUCCGUUGGGCUGCCUGGCCUCGCGGAACAGAGCCGCCGUUGCUUUCAACACCCAGCUCCACCAGCUCUGCACCACCACCACCGCCGCCCAAUUACUCCCCGCCGGCGCCAACCUCACCUACGUCGACGUCUACGCCGUCAAACUCGACCUCAUCGCCAACCACUCCCGGUACGGCUUCAAGGAGCCGCUGGCGGCCUGCUGCGGCUACGGCGGGCCGCCGCUGAACUUCGACAGCAGGGUCGAUUGCGGAGUGACGAAGACUGUCGAUGGGAGCACGGUGACCGCAAAUCCAUGCGACGAUACGAGCGAGUAUGUGAAUUGGGAUGGAAUCCACUAUACCGAAGCGGCCAAUCGGUUUGUGUCCCAGCAGGUGUUGUCUGGGAAUUUCAGCGACCCGCCUCCAACCGUUUCAUUUGUUGCCGCCGCUGACAAAUCCAAGUUAUUCUGAGUGUGCAUUGUGGUUGCCUGCCGCCGUUAUUUACUAGGGAUUUUUUUGUAUGGGUUGUGAACUGUGAUGAGUCAAAACUAGAAAAUAAUUUAACGAGUAGAAGGUGAUAUAUGGAGUGAAUUUCUUUCACCAUCCAAAUAUCCACACGGGGUAUUGCGAAGGGACCCUGUUCGGUGCAAAGUGAUUUGUAAUUAUAAUAAAGUUAAAAUGAUUGUAUCAUUAUUAUUUUUUUUAAUGAUGAUUUGCAAUUGUUAU